CAGACCAGACGUAACUCCUGUGUUCACUGUGGCGGUCGGGACUGUUUCUGCAGCGGCACUCAGACGGCUCAAAGAAUUCAAAUAAAGAACAUGUGAGCACCUUCAGGAGAAUCUUCUUGGAUUUUUGUUCACUCUGCAAGACUCCAUCAGAAUGACAAUGACAGAAGGCAUAAGCCAUGGAGCUAAAACAACACUCGACCGCCUUUAAGUGGACACUCAAACGAGCUUCAAUCAGCCAAGAUGCAUUAGUGUUUUGCAUGUGAGUGGACUUGAUUUUCCUUCUACUGUUGGGAAUAAAUGUCUUCUUUAUAAAGGACGUGAUGGUGCAUGAUUGCCUGCUGAGAAUCCCACGAAUCAGUUUUAGUUCUCUUGAGACAAAUUGCUUAAGUGCUGUUUUUCUUCUUUCUUUGGAGGUUGACAUGAAAAAUAUGAAAAUCACUGUUCAGACUUUACACUGAGGAAUGUCUGAAAACAUGGAACCAAAGAAAAUCGAUUGAAAUUAACUGUGAACCCGUCAUUCUUUUGGUUACAAACCAUUACAGACUUUAAUAAUAAGCUAGUACCAAAGCAAACAUGGAAUUUAAUGUGAGUCAGGACUAUGGCUCGUAUCCAACGAUGCUGCAGUACAACACAAGCUUGGACUACGAGGACUAUGACCAGGAAGCGGACGCCAGUAAAAUCAUCAUUCCGUCCAUCUACGCUGUUGUCUGUUGCGUUGGCAUCAUUGGCAAUGCCAUGGUCAUCUAUGUCAUUCUGAAAUAUGCCAAAAUGAAAACAGCCACAAACAUCUACAUCUUGAAUCUCGCCAUUGCUGAUGAGUUGUUCAUGCUUAGCGUUCCGUUCUUGGCCACGUCAGCUGCCAUUCGCCACUGGCCCUUCGGCUCCCUGAUGUGUCGGUUGGUGUUGAGCGUUGAUGGCAUCAACAUGUUCACGUCGAUUUUUUGCCUAACAGUGCUGAGUAUGGACCGAUAUAUUGCUGUUGUUCACCCAAUCAAGGCUGCCCGCUACCGCAGACCCACUGUAGCCAAAGUCGUUAAUGUUUGUGUUUGGGGGUUGUCGCUCGUGGUCAUCCUGCCCAUCAUUAUCUUUGCGGACACGGUUCCGGCACAAGAUGGUGGUGUAGACUGUAACUUUUUAUGGCCUGAAGCAGCAUGGUCAGAAGCUUUUGUGGUCUACACCUUCCUGUUGGGUUUCCUGCUGCCGGUUGGCGCCAUUUGCUUAUGCUACUGCUUAAUGGUGGCCAGGAUGCGAGCAGUAGGGCUCAAAGCUGGUUGGCUGCAACGGCGGCGCUCUGAGAAGAAGAUCACCCGCAUGGUGCUCCUAGUCGUGGCCGUGUUCGUUCUCUGCUGGAUGCCCUUUUACAUUGUCCAGCUUGUCAGCGUUUUCCACCGUCCACCAGACCCAAUGGUCACUCAGCUCUUCGUCAUCCUCAGCUACGCCAAUAGCGGAGCCAAUCCCAUUCUCUACGGAUUUGUGUCCGACAAUUUCCGGCGCUCAUUCCAGCGUAUUGUAUGUUUCCGGUGGUUGGAAUCUGGACUGGAUGUGGAGCAGGUGGAUUACUGUGCUGUCACACUGAAGAGACAAACAACAUGUAGCCCCCUGGAUUUUCCCAAGGACUGUAUGGCUUCUGAAAUGGUGUUCCGCAAUGGGACGUUUACUACUCGAACAACCACCGUGUGACUGUGUGUGUACACCCUCAAAAGGAGGUUGACAAUCAACCACUGGAGUAUAUUUCUUUUAAAUUAUUGAAUGUCUGUAAAUAAUUAAGUGUGGUCAAGAUGUUGUCUUAAUGUAUAUAAUUAAACAGGUGGAUGUGGAAAAUCAAACAGGUGAGUUUGAUUCUGGUUGCAUGUGGUGGAACUGCGCAUUUCUACAUCCAAUACACUAUGGAACCAGUCCAUAAAUCAAGGACCCAUCUGCCUACCACAGUCAAACUGUAGCAACUUAUGUGUCAAAAUGUAGAGUAGUUUUUGCAAAUGCUUGUACUGAGGAAAAUACCAAACGUAAAAGUCAACAAGUUUGACCCCAAUUCAUGCAACUUUCUUUCUGUUCUUGAGUUCCAUCCUAAAAUUAGCAUCCCUGAACCGAUUAGCAUGAAAUGAAAAGCCAGUCAAUAAAUAACAUUCCUCGUAGAAAAACAAUGUUGCUUCUUGCUAGAAUCUAGAUCCAUGCUAUAAACACACCAGUUACAGAAUAGCAACAAGUUUGUUUUAGACCUUCUAGAAAUGCCAGUUGCACUCGUCUAUAACUAAUGCAGACGUUAACAAGCUCAGCUAUGCUA